CACAGCCGAGGAGGAGAGUGAAAAAAAGAUCGGAAAGGGCACAAUGCGUUUCACAGAUUCACCGGUGAUCGAUCUCACAGUCAACAACUCAAAGCUUUCCUUUCACCAAGACAAUGGCUCAAUGCACGUCGGAACCACCGUCUGGCCUUGUUCACUCGUCCUCGUCAAAUUCGCCGAGCGGUGGCUCUCUUCCACUUCCACCACCGACAACCCCUACGCAACCCUUCUUCACUUCCCAAACAAACGCGCCGUUGAACUCGGCACCGGUUGUGGUGUAGCUGCCAUGGGUCUGUACCUUCUCGGCCUCAAAGACGUCGUCCUUACCGACAUCGCACCCGUCAUGCCGGCACUGAAACACAAUUUGAAACGCAACAAACCUGUGUUAGGUAAGAUGUUAAAAACGGCGCAACUCCAUUGGACUAAUUCGGACCAAAUCAAAGCCCUAAAACCGCCUUUUGACAUCGUAAUCGCUGCUGAUGUGGUGUAUAUAGAGGAAUCGGUAGCGCCGCUACUGGCGGCGAUGGAGUCAAUGGUUAGUGAUACAGGGGUGGUUCUUUUAGGGUAUCAAGUGAGGUCGCCUGAAGCUCAUUUGUUGUUCUGGGAGCAAUGUAAUCGGAUUUUUGAUGUUGAAAAAGUGCCUCAUGAUCAUCUACACCCAGAAUAUGCGUAUGAAGAGAGUGAUAUGUAUAUCCUGCGAAAGAAGCUGUAAAAUCCACACUAUUAGGUGAAGCUUGUUUAUGUUCAAGAUUACAAUGCUGUUUGCCUGUGUAACAUAGAAAUCACAUAUGUGUUCGUAAUGGCUUUACUUCUCAGGUUCUUGUUGUUCUUGUUUCUUCACCUCUUUCAAUGAUUGGAUUUCAUUUUUA